GUAUCCCUUGGAUCACCUCUCUGCAACCUUCCCUUCCUGGUGCCAGGCAGAGUUUGGACUUAGGUUGAAGUCCGUGGCCCCGGAGGCAGGAUUCAGGCUGUUCUCAGUCCCACAGGGCUGUUUUGCUGUCCUGUUCAGUAUCCCGCUGCCUGCCUGUCUGGACGGAGUGAGACAAAAAUUACCCUGGAUUCUCACCCCCAGAGCUACGUCUCCUAGGUGACCCUCAAUCUCUUGCCCCAGGUGAGGGCAGCUCUGCUAGGAGGAAUUGGGUCCCUUUUCCUUGCUGGAAUUCGCUCUGCCCACAGGGGUGCCUCACCAUGCAGGUCUCCAAGAAGCUGGUGAACUCGGUGCCAGGCUCUGCGGACGAUGCGCUGGCUGGGCUGGUUGCCUGUAACCCGGCCAUCCAGCUCCUGCAAGGGCACCGGGUGGCACUGCGAUCCGACCUGGAGAACAUUCGGGGACGGGUGGCGCUGCUGUCUGGAGGAGGGUCGGGACAUGAGCCCGCACAUGCAGGGUACAUCGGGAAGGGGAUGCUCACCGGAGUGGUGGCUGGCGCAGUCUUCACCUCUCCCGCAGUGGGAAGCAUACUGGCAGCGAUCCGGGCGGUGACGCAGGCUGGCUCAGCCGGGACCCUGCUGAUCGUGAAGAACUACACUGGGGACCGGCUGAACUUCGGGCUGGCACUGGAGCAGGCACGGGCGGAGGGAGCCAAUGUGCAGAUGGUGGUGGUGGGUGACGACAGCGCUUUCACCACGCAGAAGAAGGCAGGGAGAAGAGGGCUGUGUGGCACGGUGCUCAUACACAAGGUGGCUGGGGCGCUGUCGGAGGCAGGGGCGAGCCUGGAGGAGAUUGUUCGCAGGGUGACAGCUGCUGCAGGAGCCAUGGGUACCUUGGGCGUGAGCCUGUCCCCCUGCAGCGUCCCUGGCUCGGGGCCUACCUUUCAGCUGGCUCAGGAUGAGCUAGAGCUGGGCCUGGGGAUUCAUGGUGAGGCAGGCGUGCGCAGGAUGAAGAUGGUGCCAGCGGACGAAAUCGUCAAGAUGAUGCUCGAUCACAUGAGCAGCCCUUCCAACGCCUCGCGCGUGGCCUUGGAGCCCGGGGCCUCUGUGGUGCUGGUGGUGAACAACCUGGGUGGCCUGUCCUUCCUGGAGCUGGGUGUGGUGGCCGGUGCGGCCAUACGCUGCCUUGAGGACCGAGGUGUUUGUGUUGCCCGAGCUCUGGUUGGUGCCUUCAUGACGGCGCUGGAAAUGGCCGGUGUCUCCCUCACCCUCCUGCUGGCAGAUGAUGAGCUCUUGGGACUGAUCGAUGCUAAGACCACAGCUGUGGCCUGGCCCAACCUGGCUCGAGUGCCUGUGACAGGCCGGAGCAGAGUGCUGGCUGCACCUGACGAGGGACCUACGGUGGAGGAGCCUGUCCCAGCUGGAGCACCAGCCUCCCAGCAGGUGCGGCUGGUUCUGGAGCGGGUGUGCAGUACUCUGCUGGGCCUGCAGGAGGAGCUCAACGAGCUGGACCGCGCGGCGGGGGACGGCGAUUGUGGCAGCACCCAUGCCCGGGCCGCCAGGGCCAUACAGGAGUGGUUGAACUUGUCGCCCCUGCCUGCCCGGCCAUCCCAGCUCCUCUCCACCCUGGCCAGGCUGCUGCUAGAGAAGAUGGGGGGGUCCUCGGGGGCGCUGUAUGGACUGUUCCUGACGGCGGCCGCACAGCCCCUGCAGAGCCGCAGCGACCCCGCGGCCUGGGCUGCUGCCAUGGAGGCCGGCAUCGAAGCCAUGCAGCGGUACGGGGGAGCUGCGCCCGGGGACAGGACCAUGCUGGAUUCGCUCUGUGCUGCUGCUGAGGAGCUGCGUGCCCUGCAGGCCCCUAGUGCCAACCUGCUGCCAGUGCUGGCCAAGGCAGUCCAGAGUGCAGAGGCUGCGGCUGAAUCUACCAAGAACAUGGAAGCAGGCGCUGGCAGGGCCAGUUACAUCAGCUCGGCCCGCCUGGAGCUACCGGACCCAGGGGCCGUGGCAGCAGCAGCCAUUCUGCGUGCUGUGCUGGAAGGGUUACAGAGCCAGAGUGCAUGACUCUGCCACCUCCCUCACUUUACCUCCCCCUCCCCCCCCCCCGCAAGUCCCUGGGGCCCUCCUGUGCUGACUUGCACACCCUUUGGAGGCAAGACAAGCAGAAGUUAUGUUAAUGGCAAGAGCUGGCUCACUGCUCCUGGAUCUGCCCAGAGCAGGAUCUCAUCGGCGGGAAUGGGGGCCAGCAGGGAGACAGGGGUCAGCCCUGUGCCCACUGGGUAGCAGGCCCACUGGCCCCCCAGUUCAUCUCUGCUACUGGGUGUUGUGAGCGCGGUGGCUGUAAUAAAGAGCCCUGCCCCAGA